AGCAGGGCUUGGGUAUUUCAAGAAGAUUACCUCUCUGGAACGAAGAUGUGGCUUCUCAUUCGCCAUGCGGAUGGGCUCGUCAAAUCAUUAUACGCGCAAAGAGAACUUGGCAAGCUCACAGGUGAGCUUGUAAUCAAGUCACAAAAGUUCAAGAAGUAUGCUACGCUCUUUUGCUUGGCCUUUUGCCAAAGCAUGGAGCACGACUGCUCCGCAAGAAGGAGAUGCGAGAGAAUCCUCCGACGAGCCGGUGCAUACAAUGUUCUCCAUAAGUAUGAAGACGGCGGGGUGGAGAGUGAUGCCCGAAGGAAGAUAACAGUCAGCGUUUUCAAGGACCUUGACUACCGCGAGAUAACGGAACCAUCGGACAUUCUAGCAAUUGCUGCCAACGUCUGCAGUUACAACACUCGAAUUCUGGUUCCAAAGAUAGCGAAGGACCAGGCUAUGAGCCUAAGCCUCGGCAUUCUCACACUCUGUAUGUCUAACGGCGAAAUGAUCAAGACCGACUCUGAGGAGACAGCUCUUAGCAAGAGAAUAUUCGACUUCCUGGAGGACCAGUCAAUGAGUAUUGGCCCUCCCUUGCAAUAUGGAGCAUUAACAUUCAUCAAACAUUGUCGUGUCCCUGUCAGUCGCCUUUCAGCCGCUGGUAUUCAUACCGAGGGUAUCCUGUGGAAACUCUCAGACGUGAUCCGGCCAGACCGUCUACGGCAAAGUCUACUCUUCCAGGACAAGGACCUGAACCAAAAUAAUAUAUUCCGAAACGGACUUGACGAUUACCAGCGGCAUCGUAUGUUUGACCUCCUUGAAGUGCUCAAUCAGAGAAACAAGAAACGUUAUCAGCGCUUAGCAAACAACCUUCGAGCUUAUCUGAACGGUAACGAGUCGCCAGUUGGAAGCGACGAUUGGCCUUCGAAAUAUUGUAUGGACAUGAUGGCAGCUUGCAUAGUCAAUGCAAUAGAUUCUAAGAAAUACCUCCAGCUCGCCCGACCUAUCGGAGGCUUGCCUAAAGGAGGCCGAGGCGUACCUUACCGGGCAAUUUUCACUAGAGACCGCGAUGAGUUGCGGCACUCAGGGCCGACGUAUAUCUUUACGUCAUGGUCUCGUACAAAGGAACGGAAACAAGAGGCCUCGCAGUACCGCAGCCUUGCGAAGUACGUGUCCGUGGAAGUCAGCAUAAAUACAACCAACGGACUAGCAAGGCUGAAGAACAGGAAGUGGGCUAAUGGGCUAUGCUUCUUUGAUGGAGAGGCGAAUCACCCCUUUGUGUUUGAGUGGCCGGAUUCGCUCUGUCGAUAGUCGCCAUAUGCUUCGAUCGUCGCAGGUGGGAGGAUUGACCACGAGACCGGCCGUUGACCCGAGGCACUUAGAAAUGGCUUCCGGAAGUCUGAAUUUCCCAGUGAUCUGUCAAAUAGGGCCCCUUUAGAGAGUGACAGAACUAUAUAACCGUCACUGUCGGCUACCAAAACAUUCCUU